UAGAGCCAUUGCAAUACAACACAAGCCCUUUGUUUUCUCACUUAAGCUAUAUUCCAGGCCGAAAUAACGAAGAGCACAAGUAGAAUCAAGAGAAAAAAAUGGCAAGCGGAGGAGGGUAUGGGGACCCAAGCCAGAACAUUGACUAUGUCUUCAAGGUAGUUUUGAUCGGUGACUCUGCUGUGGGAAAGUCUCAGAUUCUUGCACGGUUUUCUAGAAAUGAGUUCAGUUUAGAUUCCAAGGCUACCAUUGGAGUUGAGUUUCAGACGAGAACUCUUGUUAUUGAACACAAGAGUGUCAAGGCUCAGAUCUGGGACACUGCUGGUCAAGAACGAUACAGAGCUGUUACAAGUGCAUACUAUAGGGGUGCUGUCGGGGCUAUGCUGGUUUACGAUAUAACAAAACGCCAGACCUUUGAUCACAUUCCACGUUGGCUGGAAGAGUUGCGCAGCCAUGCAGACAAGAACAUUGUUAUUAUUCUGAUUGGGAACAAAUGUGACCUUGAAAACCAACGGGAGGUACCAACCGAGGAUGCGAAAGAAUUUGCUCAAAAGGAAGGACUGUUUUUUUUGGAGACCUCAGCUCUUGAAGCGACUAACGUGGAGACGGCCUUCAUGACUGUUCUUACUGAGAUCUUCAACAUCGUGAACAAGAAGAACCUGGUUGCUGAUGAGAAUCAGGGAAACGGCAACCCCGCAUCUCUAGCAGGCAAGAAGAUCAUCAUUCCAGGUCCAGCACAGGAAAUUCCAGCAAAGAGCAACAUGUGCUGUAGAUCAUGAGUUAAUUGGAUCCGGCCUCCUAUUGUCUGUCAGGUUAUUUCUUUUACAUUCUUAACAGCAAAUUUUCAAGGGUUUGGUAUAUCUGUUUGUAUAUUUUACAUUGCAUUAGUCUAGUUUGCAAGUGCAGCUAAACUAAUUGCAUCUCUCAGAUGGGCAAUUAGAAAACCAAAGUUUGCUUCUGAGUUGCAGAUUGUGUCAAUGUUGUUUCUUGAAGUUAUAUAUUCAGUCCAAUUAUCCUGCUAAAGUUGUUGUCUUUGAAUUUUUCCCUUGGAACAAGAAUAUAAAUUGCCUACCAGGUCCAAUAAUUGCA